AUGGAUGAGAUGGUGUGGGUGGGUUCCUCAAGAGGGGUGUUUGAGGUCAAGUCCUAUUUUAGUAUGGUGGAGCUUCCUGGCCCCACUUUUCCUUGGAAAGCUAUUUGGAGGACAAAAGCACCACUCAAGGUAGCUUUUUUCUCGUGGACAACUGCUUUGGGAAGCAUCCUCACUACUGAUAAUCUUAGAAGAAGUCAAGUUGUGGUUAACGGGUGUUACAUGUGUAAGAAGACGGGGGAAUCUGUCAACCAUCUUCUUAUUCAUUGCUUGGUGGCAAGGGAUGUGUUUUUGGUUGCGUUAGGUAUUCCAUGGGUGUUCUCAGAAUCUAUGGUCGACUUGCUUGAGUCUUGGAGAGGGUGUACAGUAGAGAGCCGAGUCAGAGAUGCUUGGAGGGCUACGCCCCUGUGUAUAUGGUGGGGUUUGUGGCGAGAGAGAAAUAGGAGAUACUUUGAGGGUGUGGAGUCUCCUAUUUGGGCUAUUAAGUAUAGUAUACUUUCUUCUUUAUUCUUUUGGGUAAAUGGGCGGGAUUGUAUGUCAGUGGAUUGUCUUUUGGAUUUUGUUGAUAGCUUAAAGCUAUAG